AGGUCAGGGUGCACGAAUACGCCAGUGGCAUACUUAAGCUGUCUGGAGUUCAGGGUGGAAGAGGCCAUUGCUGUUGGGGAUCUUUUUGGAUCAUAGUGUCUGUCCUUUUAACUUCUUGAACGCAUGUUAGUCCUCGUGGUUCUUCACAACUCCGCUACUGAUUCGGUACUAAUCAAAGCUGUUUGUUCUGUACACAAUGCCUAUCACCCACCAUGUGAGACCCCCAGCACUGGAUUACCAACUCCGCCUGGCUAGAAGCUCCUCCAAACCCCCUCGACAACCCCCUUGGUUGGCAAUCGGUUCCCAAAAUCAUCUUGCAGCAAAUGCCAUUGCGAAAUCGGCCCACAGGCAAAGUCACGAUCUUGCAUGGAUCUCAUAGUAAGCAAGAUGAUGACUUUCAGGUCAGAACGCGAAAUAUGUCGUAUAAACGUAUCAUUCUUGUUCCAUUUGCUUACAGUUUUAGGCUGAUCGUAUCCGCAUCUACGAGUAGGACGAAGGCUAAUCUAGAAUAUUCAAUCGGCAACAGAAAGAAUAACAUUCUUCCUAUAGGGCGGCGGUAUACACUGCCUUCAUCACCCCCUCAAAAACAUAUUACAUCCGCUCAUCUUGCUGCAACGUGCAUGUGUCCUGUGUUGUCAUAGGGCUGUUGUGCUAAAAUCCGAUUUUGAUUUUUAGAGCCUCUUCAACAAGUCGUUUUCCUAUGGCUAUUUUCAGAUCUAUUCGAGUUCGAUUUUCUGACGGUGGUGGGUGGCGCUGUGCUCUAUUGUACAAGUUCAACUACUUGGAUACUCUUUGCGCUAUCUGAGACUCAGAGACAUAUUAUUGGUCUCUUUAAUCGCAAUAAGGCAUCUACUAAUGUUGGCAUACAAAUAUCGUUGGUCCACUUUCACCGCUUUCAAGAAUUAUCAGUGACGCUUUCUCACUACCAUUUAGUUCGUCACAGCGGUCUGUGUAUUUUGCAUCGAGUACCAGUUCCACCGGGACCGUCGCUGAUUUUGCCAUUACGGGCCUCAAGGUGCUUUCACCGUCUCCUUUUCCCGCGCUGGAUUUUUUGAAAACGAUGUAUCUCACUACCUGUCUUUUUUACGCCGCAUCCACUCACUUCUUUCUGAAGAACUGAGCUUGAAGAAAUUGUUUCAAGUACUUGUCAUUCACCCACAGCGUCGUCAAAGCAGCGCUGAACCUGCUUAUUUUAUUUGAAGGGGCUCCGAGCCCAAAGAGCGGUGGAUCCGCCGAACAAUUCAGAGUGCGGGCGUCAAAUCGACCUCAUGGCAGUAACAAAAGCGGUGGAGAGGACCUAAUCAAACAUUUGCAGCGCAUCAUGGGUGCACUGUAGGUGUUUGAUCACAUGGUCAUCACUGGCAAUGUGUCUUAUGUCAUGCGACUUUCGACUGAUUUGCAGAAGACAGAAGGUAAGUGAAUUGGAUUACUCUAGUAGCACUGUUCAUGCCGUCGUUGUCGUCAUCGUAU